CGCGAACUUUGCUCCUCGCAAGAGCGUCGGACUCCAACUCCCAGAAGCCCCAGCCAGCUUGGUCAAUGGCCAGGGAUUCUGGGACUUGAAGUCCAAAAGCAUCUGAGGGAGCCAAGUUUGGCGAUUGCUGUGAUAGAUUCACACACAAAACCCAGGGCUUUCCACAAGAGGGAGCUAAACGCGAUGCCAACCCGCAUCGUCGCUCCAAUGCAGACGCAGCCUUUGGGGCCGCGCUGCGAGGGCUGCUGUGGUUUAGUCUGGGCAACAGAGGCGGCGGAACGAGAGAGGUGGGACUAUUUCCGUGGCCAAGGAGCCAUGUUUUUGCUGCGGCUCUCCCGGGUUCGGCUUUGGGCGAGCGGCCGGUUGGGAGAGAGACAGUUUAAAACAAAAUCAGAAACAAAGCUUCAAAAGCAAAUAUGCCAGGUUGUUCUUGAUCAUUUUGAGAAACAAUACUCCAAGGAGCUGGGAGAAUCCUGGAACUCAGUCAGGGAAGUGCUUAUAGCGCCCCAAUGCUGGCAGUAUGCUGUCCUCCUUAAUAAAUUCAGCAUUUCCUCUAAAGUGGAGGAUAAUUUGCAUUUGAAAGGCUAUCACCUGCUUUUCCCAGAAAUUUCAUCAUUCAAAUGUUACAUCUGUAGUACUCCUGGUAGAUUCCCUGCUCAAAAACACAGAGCUGGUAGACUGAAGGAAUACUACCUGCUGAAUGCAGCAUCACUGCUAGCAGUGCUGGCCCUGGAAGUGGAAAAUGGAGAAAACAUUUUAGAUAUGUGUGCUGCUCCAGGGGGUAAAUCAAUAGCAACACUUCAGUGUGCUUGGCCAGGUCUUCUGCUCUCCAAUGAAUAUGAUAAUUUGAGAUCACAUUGGCUGAAGCAGACAUUGGAAUCAUUCAUUCCAGAAUCUGUGAUGAACAUAGUUAUUCUUUCUCAGCGGGAUGGAAGACAGAUUGGAAAUCUCCAACCUGAAAGUUUUGACAAGGUACUGGUGGAUGCUCCCUGCUCAAAUGAUAGAAGUUGGUUAUUCUCUUCUGAUAUCCAGCAGGCUACCCUGCGAUUAGCACAAAGGAAGCUAUUAUCUGCUGUACAGAUACAGCUGCUAAGGUCUGCAAUUAAAGCCUUGCGUCCUGGAGGGUAUCUGGUUUAUUCCACAUGCACUCUGUCAAAGGCCGAAAACAGUGAUGUCAUUACUUACAUCCUUAACUCUUGUAGCAAUGUUCAACCAGUGGAUAUGGGCCCCUUGGCCAGUUCAGCAUCCCAGGAAUUCACUUUUGCUUCAGGUGUCCAGCCUCAUGAACUUUUAGUACUUCCAGAAAGGGGGAAAGCAUGGGGACCAAUGUAUAUAUCUAAAUUAAAGAAAAUAUGAUGCA